AUGAGUAGCGGGUAUUCGUCAGCCCCCAGUGGUUCAUUCAACUCGAGUGAAAUCGAUUUGCGGCAAAUCGAUAAUAGUCUCGACGAAGAAAAUGUUGUUGAGGAAAUGACUGGUAGGCAAAAAUUGCAAUGUUCGUGCUUUUUCCUGGAAACAUUUGCUUCUAGUCCCCUUUUAGCUGCCCUGGGCAAAUUUCGGUCCAGGCUUUUCCCGGGGCCUGUACUUUUGACCUACUUGCAAUGAUCCAAUCGGGCCCAAACUUUGCAGGAUUCUUGGACUUGGAUUGAAGUAUGUUGGGACCAAGUUUCAGACUGAUCGGAUCAUCUGGUCCCGAGAUAUGUGGAUCGGAGACCGAAAAGGCUGCAAUUUUCGUGAAACCAGUAUAUUUCGAGACCGGAUAAUCCGAUAGGUCGGAAACUUGGACCCAAUACACUUCAAUCCAAGUCCAAGAGGACUGCAAAGUCUGGACCCGAUCAGAUCAUUGCAAUUGAUUCAAAAGUCCAGGCCUCAAAAAGCCUGAGUCGGUCAUUUGCCCAGUCCGUCCAUUUAGAGCUCAAAACGUGAGUAGAAACACGAGCUAAUUAAAAAAAGAAGGGACCGAAUGCAAAUACUAGAUUAUGUGCGAAAAACGACGGCGUUGGCUCUGCCGCUUUCGCUAAUCGAAAAUGUAAAUUCAAUAUUACAUCGUCGUGUUUCUUUCGGCGGCAUGAUAAAAAAUGAAAAAUUAUUCUAGUUCUUCUCGGUUAGAACUCAUUUCUGCCAAAUAUUGAAGACUUUCUCGUACCUCAACAUCGAACUUUUAUUCGAUUUUCUCGAAAUUUGCAUAGUAAACAUGAUCUUUUCUCCAGAAAGUAAACGGCAAAAGGCUUCUCAACUUUCAGCAAUUCUCUUCUUUUUUCCUGCAAAAAUUCUCGCCGCGCCAAAAAGAAAGAGUAAAACCCGGCUUUUGAAGCGAUUUUGAGUAGAGAUAAACGCUUUUCGCCUGCCGAACACUAAUCUUCUUCUUCUUCUUAUACUUCUUCUUCUUCUUUUUCGUCAUGAGCACGACGGAGUGAAAGAGAAGAAGAGGAAAGAGCGAAAAGGGGCGCUUGGCAGCUCACUUCUCACACACACACACACACAUUUUUUUUUGCCAACUGCAAUGAUUUUCGGUCUCACACACACAAACAGACACCACGAGAAGAUUUUUCGCUUUUUUUUUUCUUGUUUUUCAAGUUGACAAUGCUGUGUUGAGAAAGUGUUUGUGAAGCUCUACAGGGUGGCGAUUAAGUAUGAAACGUUUUUAUUCGAGACUCCCUGAAGCUUCAUUGGUUCCAGUAUUAGGAAGCUAACAAAUAGGUCCUUAUUUAUACCUCGGCGAACUUUUGCAACUUUUCAGCAGAACUCAGGCCUGGGCGAGCAAUCUGCUCCCCGUUGCCUCAAGCGCUAAUCCGUCCAGGCCUGGCAGAACUUCAGAAACUUUUACCUAAUUUCUGCUCAAAAGCGGCUAAUGUUAUGCGUAGAAGUUGCUGAACUUUUGUUCCAAAGCUGAUAUCAUUUGAGAAGUUGCAGAGGCUUACUUUCAGUCAAAUUUCAUGAUUGUCAGGCCGGCCCGUUGCAAGUGUGCAUCAAAAUCUAUAAUCGCUACUGUUUACCUGUUUUCCCACGCGCGGCUAGAUCCUUAAUUAGACCCCAAAGGAAUUGACGAUUAUUAUUAUUUCGGCGCUGAAAAACUUGAAGCUCUAACUAUAGUUUUCAAAGAAAACGUGUGAGAGAGAGAGAGCUUAUCAAUAUAAGUGCGUCAUUUCAAAGUGCUUUUGGGCGAGCAUUAGGUAUGUGUUUUAACCCUAUUUUUAGUUUUAAACCAGUGAAUUUUCGUAAAACAUCCCGUCUAGAGUCCAACAUCGAAAAUUUUGCGCCGCAAAAAGACAUAGACUAUGAGAAAUUGAGCCAUUAGUUUGACAAGAAUUUGUGCAUUUCUGCACAAAUUCUCUCGUUGUGGGAUGAUAUCCGAUCGUGUGCGAAAUCGCGAAAAAUGUUAUUUUUACACUUAUCUUCAUGAAACGCAGCUCAACUAUCGCAAAAGUGUCAUUUGCAGAUGAGCAGCGAAUGUGCGGUCUGACAGAGCUCGUGACGUCGUGCCUGUCGUCAAAAUCGUCGCGCGACGAGGAGGAGGAGCAGGAGGAGAGCGAGGAGUCGCCGAUCGCGAGCAAGAAGGGACCAAGGGGACUGUGCUCGUCGAAACGCAACGACAAUAUUCAGCCGUUCCUCCGCACGAGCCAGUUUACGAAUGUGCCGCCCACGAUACGCUUCUACACCAAAGGCACCAAGGUGCUUGGCGCAUUUUCAAGUUUUUAACAGUAUUCUAGACUGAUUGCCCAUUUUUCUAACUAUUAACAAUGAAAAUCGAUAGAAACGCCAAAAAUGAUAGUCCUAGAGCCGGGUCGAAUAAGUUGUUUUAGGUCACAAAGCCGAACCGACGGAUAACGAACCGAUUGACGUGGUGCCACAAUAGUCUUCUGCCGAUUGUCAUGCGACAGACCCUCUCGGCAAGCCACUUUACGGUGAGCCGAUAAUAUUCGGAAAAAAAAGAAGAAAAAUACAAUGCACUGCAGGUAGUGGACGAAUCGCUGUUCCACGUGGGCUACUGGGGCCGUCACCUGAAGUCUGCGCAGUACCGUACUCUCCAGCCGCAUCAAAAAGUGAAUCACUUCCCGGGCGCGUUCCACAUUGGCCGCAAGGACCGUCUCUGGAUGCACAUCCAGCAGCAGCAGCAGCGAUUCGCACAGGACUUUGAUAUUAUGCCCUUCACGUACAUUCUGCCCAACGAUCGCGCCGAACUGUUGCGGUAUUUGGAGGAGGACGCCACGCGACACGUCAUCGUCAAACCGGUACUGUUUUUAAAAAGGGCUUUCCUUAAACGACCAGGGAACCGUCAAAUAUGUUGAAAUCUUUUUGUGUCUGUCUGAAUUGUCUCUUACACUGUUCGAGUCGCAAUUCUCAGAAAUGCAUGAAAACGGAACAGUGCGCAGUUAAAGUUGUGGCCUAGAAAACUCACUUGCGAAAACUCUUCGCUGCUGAUAAUAUGACACCCUUGCACUUCGGCAAUCUGUUAAUUUCUGAAGAUUGUGCCGAAUGCAAAACAGAUCCCACGGCCUAGCUGAGAGUUGCGAUUCGGACAGACACAUAAACUCGGAGGCUUCUCUAGUUCUUUAAAUUUGAACGAAUUCUCUGAAUUUUCAGUUAAGAAUUCGGAAAACUUCAAUUCUUCUAAUAGCAAUUUUUUUCAGCCGGCAUCAGCUCGUGGAACUGGAAUUCAAGUGACCCGAAAGCCCAAGGACUUCCCCACGACCGCCACGCUCGUCGCUCAACAGUUCGUUUGUUGCAAUUGCAAAAAAUAGUCUUGUCUUGUGCAGUUACGUCGAACGGCCACUCACCAUAAACCGUGCCAAAUUCGAUCUUCGUCUGUACGCCUACGUGCCCACUUUUGAGCCGUUGCGAGUGUACAUUUACGAGCAGGGAUUGGUCCGUUUCGCCAGUGUUCCGUGAGUUUUUUUUAAAUUUAAAAUGAAUUACUUUGAGGAAAAACCGAUUUGAACCAAUUUUUUCAGGUACACGCAUUGUGUCUCGAACAUUUCCAACAAGUACAUGCAUUUGACGAAUUACAGGUAACUAGCACGGCUCUAGCGGCGUUCGCAUCGACUUUUAGACCCAUGUCCAAGAGGGAUUUGUCUUUCCGGUCGGAUUCUGUGUCGAUUCAUGUAGAAACGUUGACAUUUUUGAAAUUAGUUUACGACCCCUACUGAAAAAGUCGGAUUAUUUCAUUAUUUUCCCCAAUCAAUGCCAAAAAAGUGUUUAGCAUCAACAAGCUGGCCGAGCAGGACGGAGUGGCGAACAAGCCGGUGCCGAAGUGGUCCCUGACCCACCUGUGGGACUAUUUCGACGAGCAGGGCAUCGCGCGCGGCGAAAUCCAGCGGCAGAUUGAGGACGUCAUCGUGAAGGCGUUCAUUUCGUGCGAAAAACCGAUACGCGACCACAUGACGCGCUUUUUGAGCCAGGAAUUCAUCUGUUACGAACUGUUCGGCAUCGACAUUCUGCUCGACGAGAAUCUGAAGCCGUGGCUGCUGGAAGUGAAUAUUUCGCCGUCGCUUCACUCGGGAACUCCGUUGGAUGUGGCCGUGAAGGCGCCGCUGGCAAAGGAUGUGCUCAAUCUGACGGGCAUUUAUGUGCCGCCCAUGCCGGACCGACUCGAACAGGGCGAUUAUAGUGCGCGCCCGCGCAAUGGACCCAAAAGCAGGGAGCAGAUGAUUAAAGGUGCUUUUUUUAAGCUCUCACACCUCUAUUUUGAGGCAAAUUCCUAGUUUUUUGUUGCAGAAGCUUCGUGGGUGGCCGCCUACAAAGACCAGUACGGAGUGAUCGACAAUCGAAUUUUCAAGCGACUGACUCCGGAGGACACCCGCGCACUUGUCGAGUUCGAGGACGAACUCACGAGGGCCGGCGACUUUAAACUCGUCUUCCCGACCGCCGAAACGUCACAUUAUCAAAAGUAAUUUUUAUUCAUUUCAAUGUCUGAGUAAUAAAAACGGAACAGCGCGCAGUUAAAGUUGUGGCCUAGAAAACUCUGGUGUGAAAACUCUUCCCCGCUGAUAAUAUGAUGCCCUUGCACUUUGACAGUCGGUUAAUUCCUGAGGAUUGUGCCGAAUGCAAAAAAAUCCGGAAAAGAUCCCGUGGCCUGGGAGUUUUCUAGACCACGGCCACAACUGCGCGCUGUUCCGUUCAUUGGCAUUUCUGAUAAUUGCGACGCGGGCAGUGAAUGUGGCAAUACGAGGCGAAUUAUCAGUUAAAUUGCAGGUACUUUGCGGAGCCGCUGUACAUGAACAUCCUGCUGCAACAGUGGCAAAUGGCGCAACAGCACGACCGCACGGCCGGAAUUCAGAAGCUCGAGCAGUUGUGCCGUCAGAAUCACAUGAAGAGCGACGCCGACGAAAAAAAGAUGUUUUGA